AUUCUUCAUUCUUCAUUCUUCGUUCUUCAUUCAUUGAUUCAUUCUUCAUUGAUUCUUUGAUUCAUUCAUUCAUUCAUUUAUUUCUUCUCAUAGCUGAUCCUUUUAUUCACUGUCGCUUACACCGCAAGCAAAUUGACAUUCAUGCAUGCAUCCAUGGAUACUUCAUGCCAACAGCAAAAAAACACUCAUUUUACUCUGCCAGAAACAAUUACUACAACCACUACAACUAAAGCCAGUGCAUCCAAAACUAAGAGGACAGUUCCGGUGCCCAGUCCUCGACCUGGCGAACUCUUGAUCUAUGACUGCAGGCCGAAAGCGCUCGAUCAAUCUCAACCUAUUGCUACUGUUUCUAUAGGCAUUGAUUGUGAUUCCCUUUCUUCUCCUUCGACUUCUCCUUUAGCCUUUUCCUACUCUUCCACAGGUGUCCAUUCUAGCUUCUCCCCAUCCACACCAAUACCAGAUCUCAGGGGAGGAGCCAUUUUUGAGGAACGAACGCUAGCCAAGACACAACAUGAAAGCGGUCAAUCCGGAUCAUCUACUCGAAUAGAAGGAGCAUCGGAUGCAGCAGCAGGGAUUGAGCAUGAGAAGCAACGACCCAUUCGUUGUCUUCAAUGGAAUAUUGAACGCAAUUACAAGCCCGCAGAAAUCCUCGCCACUUUAAAAGAGCUCGACGCAGACAUCCUCUGUAUCCAAGAAAUCGAUAUUGGCUGUCAUCGAUCUGGUCAUGAGCGAGAUCAUUUUCUGGAGAUCUGCAAGUCACAGGGUCUUUAUGGAGGCUUCGUGCCUGAAUUUUGGGAGCUUGAACAUCCAGGACGAAAAGAUCGUGAUCAAGGAGGGGGGGUUCACGGCAAUGCUAUCCUAUCCAAGUGGCCCAUCAAUGGAUUCAGAGCUUUAGAUCAUGUCCAUCAUGCUUAUGAAUGGGAAAAGGAUGGGUUAAAGCUUAACGAGCCACGGAUAGGAAGGUAAAAAGGCGCUUUACGAUUGUUGCCGAUGUUCAGACGCCUUCAGGACCAUUACUCUGUUACUGCGCACAUCUCGAAGUCUUCACAGGAAUAAUAGGCCGUAUUUCUGCGUUGAGUGACAUCCUGGCGGAUUCGGCUCUCUAUGCAGACAAAUAUCCUUAUCAGAUUCUCUUCGGAGACCUCAAUACUAUUUCACAUUCGGUUGCCCGUCUUGCUAAAUCCAUCUCUACAGAUCGGUACAGGGUGGGCUCCAUUGGCCAACAAGAAGCUGAAUGGUGGGACCAAAACCUUUGGAGCUGGCAUGUCGAGGAUGGAGAGUUUAACCUGGC